UUAGCCUUCCUAAGGGGGGCAGUGCACUUCAUACUUCUUAAAAUGCAGGUCUUGUGUUGUUUUUUAUUUUUGUCAUUCCUUCUCGCAUCUAUAGCCUUCUCAACUUCUCUUUCUAAUGUUGAGAUCUCCUUUAUUGCUCGUCGACAAUUAUUAACACUUCGUGAAAAUGAAGGUUUGCCUGAAAAUUAUGCAAAUACUUACAAAACAAACCUAACUUUUCCCAAUGAUAGACUUAAAAGUGCUUAUAUUGCACUCCAAGCAUGGAAAACUGCGAUGUAUUCAGACCCUUUCGAGACUACCAAGAAUUGGGUAGGACAAGAUGUUUGUUCCUACAAUGGAGUUUUUUGUGCCUCAGCUUUGGAUGAUCCAAACAUCACUGUUGUGGCUGGAGUUGAUCUUAACCAUGCAGAUAUUGCAGGCUAUAUUCCUGUCGAAAUUGGUUUAAUGGUCGACCUUGCUUUAAUUCACAUUAACUCUAAUAGGUUUUGUGGGAUUCUUCCCCAUAGCUUCUCCAAGCUUAAGCUUUUAUAUGAGCUAGAUAUUAGCAAUAAUCGCUUUGUUGGGCCAUUUCCAGAGUGUAUACUACCAAUUCCUGAUCUUAAAUACAUUGACCUUAGAUACAAUAACUUUGAAGGCCAACUUCCUUUAGAGCUUUUUAAUAAGCCUGCCGAUGCUAUAUUUUUGAACAAUAAUCGAUUUACAUCCACAAUUCCUGAAAAUUUAGGGAAUUCUUUAGCCUCUGUAAUAGUGUUUUCCAAUAACCAUUUUGAAGGUUGCAUUCCUAAAAGCAUUGGUAAGAUGGAAAAAACAUUGAAUGAGAUUGUGUUCAGCAAUAACAAUCUCACUGGAUGCCUGCCAACAGAAAUUGGAAAGCUCGAAAGUGUAACAGUUUUUGAUGUAAGUGAAAACCUAUUUGGUGGCAUCUUGCCUAAAUCUUGUGACGGACUCAAAAAGGUAGAAGUGAUAUCAAUUGCCCACAAUAAGUUCACAGGUUUUGUCCCACAAAGUAUAUGUAGCUUGCCUAGCUUGGUGAAUUUUACAUUUGCCGAUAAUUAUUUCAAUGGUGAGGAGCAAGGUUGUGCACCUUCUUCUAGAAAGAAUGUCGUGUUUGAUGAUACUGAUAAUUGCUUGCCAAAUAAGUCAAAGCAAAAAGAAGCAAAUGUCUGCUCUGUUGUGACGAGCAAGCCUAUCGACUGUAGUAAGCAACAAUGUGGCUAUCCAUCCUUAGUUUCAAAACCACAACCCCCUAAAGAAGAACCUACCAAGCCACAACUGAAACCCCAUCCACCUAAAGAGGAACACCCUGAACCUCAGACACCUCCACAGCAACCUCCUAAAACACAACCUCCCCAUCCACCUAAAGAAGAACAACCAAAAGAGCAAACUCCUCCUAAACCUCAGCCUCCUCAACCUAGCCCUGUAUCACCAAAAGCACCAUCUCCUGAUCCUUUUGAUAGAAACCCUAAACACCCCCACCGACCAAACUCACCACCAUCUCAAUCUCCCUUAUCCCCAACUUACUCUCCACCACACCAGACUCAAUCUCCAACCCCACUAGUUCACUCCUCUCCACCACCAGUCUACUCUCCACCUCUACCAGUUCACUCCCCUACACCUCCACCUCCUAUAUACUCACCACCUCUACCCUUAGUCUACUCUCCCCCACCUUCACCUCCUAUAUACUCGCCACCUCCACCCUUAGUGUACUCUCCCCCACCUCUACCCCAUGUUCAUUCUCCCCCACCUCCUAUAUACUCCCCACCACCUUCGAUAUACUCUCCACCUCCACCACCUAUUCACUCUCCACCACCUCCAUUUUUUUCACCUCCACCACCGAUUUAUUCUCCCCCACUUCCAAUCUAUUCUCCUCCACCUCCGAUACACUCCCCACCACCUCCAAUUUUCUCCCCACCACCUCCUGUCCACUCUCCUCCUCUGGUCCCAGUUUUCUCCUCACCUCCACCACCUAUCCUCUCUCCCCCUCCCCUUACUUUAUCUCCACCACCUUCUCCUCCUCCUUCAGAUGAUAACAUCAUUCUUCCUCCAGUUUUUGGUGCCUCAUAUGCAUCACCCCCUCCGCCGAUCAUCUCUGGCUACUAAAUGGAGCCUAAUCAAAUUCUUUGCAAUACAUGAAAUCUUAAAAGUUGGUCACUUUACAUGCCUUAACUGGUCUUCUGACGCCAUUGUAAUGCAUGCCAGAUUGUAAUUGGAAGAAGAGUUGUUGUAACAAUAUAUCAUAUUGUUUUUUAAAUUUUUAUUCACAUGUUUCUCUUAUAUUUACACUUCUUUUGCUCAAAUCACAACUACUUGCCUCUUGCUACA